UUGUCAUUUGUAAACACGAACACGUGUAUUCAAGCACGUCUGUUAAAUUAAUCAGUAUAUAGGCGCCAUACAAACGCUAUCGACAUGAAUGCUAAUAAUUUAUUUAGAUUUUGCAUCAGGUCGUUUAGAGCCAUCCCCUGCACAAUACGACUUCGCAGAUGUUAUAGUGUGCAAUCAAAAGAGAUGGAUUUACUGCAGCAUUUGAAGACAAAGAUAAAAUUUUCAGGACCUAUCACUGUUUCUGAGUAUAUGAGAAUGGUGUUAACAAACCCUCUGUCAGGCUAUUAUAUGCAAAAAGAUGUCUUUGGUGCCAAAGGAGAUUUCAUAACAUCGCCAGAAAUCAGUCAGAUGUUUGGUGAGCUACUAGCCAUAUGGUGUAUACAUGAGUGGAUGGCUUUUGGCUCCCCACCGGAAGUUAAACUAAUAGAGCUGGGGCCUGGGAGAGGAACUCUGGCUGAUGAUAUGCUUAGGACAUUUUCUCAACUCAAGAAAAAGGGAGUGAGUGCCAACUUCUCUUUACACUUAGUGGAAAUUAGCCCUCACAUGAGGAAACUACAGGAGAGCAAAUUGUUGGGCAUUCCUUUGGAGAUGGUUCAAACACCCCAAAUAGUGAACUCUGAUGCUACCUCAAAGCAAGGGAGAUUGCAUUCUGAAACAAAGACUACAAAAUAUGGUACACCAGUGACUUGGUACUAUGACAUGAGAACUGUGCCAAAAGGAUUUUCUUUUUUCAUAGCACAUGAAUUUUUUGAUGCUUUACCUGUUCACCAAUUUCAGAAAACAGAAAAAGGAUGGAGAGAAGUUCUGGUUGAAAUUGAUGAACCAUCAGAUGGAUUGAAAUUUGUCUUAUCUCCAAUUCCUACACCAGCACAAAAAGUAUUUAUUGAGGGGAAGAAGCUUGAGCACAGCAACAGAGAUUACAUAGAGAUCUGCCCAGAAGCUGGGGUUAUUGUACACGACAUAGCAGCAAGAGUGAAGGCAUAUGGGGGAGGGGCACUCAUUGCUGACUAUGGGCAUGUUGGGGAAAAGGGCAAUACAUUUAGGGCUUUCAAGAACCAUCAGCUUCACAAUCCACUAGUAGAGCCAGGGUCUGCUGAUCUAACUGCCGAUGUGGACUUCUCUUACCUGAAACAGAUGGUCAAGGGCAUGGUUGAUGUACAUGGUCCAGUGACACAGGAGCGGUUUCUAACUGCCAUGGGAAUAGGAGAACGAUUGAAAAAUCUAGUGAAUAACAAUCCAAAGCAGAGAAAAGACCUUCUCUCAGGCUAUGACAUGCUAAUCAGUCCUAAAAAGAUGGGAGAAAGAUUCAAGUUCAUGGCCAUGGUACCAAAAUCAGGCAAUUCAGAUGAUGUUCCAGCAGGAUUCAACUGGGGAAAAUCAUAGGGAAUUCCGCCAAAUACUCCUACGGGACUGAGUGGGAGUCGAACCCACUCCACCGUGUGUGGCAGCCAAGGACAUUACCACUUGGCCAGUAAAUCUUGCUAUUUGAUGUGGUGUUAUUGACAAUAUUUGAUUCCUGUCAUACAUGCUGGAGUGUUACGGAAAUUGUCGUAGCCUAGAAAAUGCCUUCAAAAUAUACUUUUAACAGUUAUAAUCAAAUUCAAACUACUGCCACUAUCUUCCCACUGCCGUAAGGUAUUGCUAACAACUGUCAGUUGUCAACAGAUUGUUGUAGUUUGGGAGAAAAAUGUGAAAAGGAGACUUUGGUUGAUCUCCUGUUAAUAUAUAGAUGUGCGCACAGGAGUGAACAAUCUCUUUGUUUCAUCGUCUGCUUUUACACAAGAAUACAGGUCAACAUCAUACUUCUAAAAGUGGAUCAAUCUCCAUUCUUUUGCCAGGUAUGUAAAAAGCAAUCUAGAAAAAAAAAAAAAGAGAAUUUAGAAGUGGAAAAUUUAUGCACACAUACUGUAGGUUGGUGACACUGAAGAUCACAUGGUCUGAACCAGGAAACCAGGAACAAGUGUAAGAUGGAACAUACUUAAAGGGAUAAUAACUCUUCGUAUGAGAUCUAUAUUUCACAAUAAAAACA